UGUGCUGUUAGUCGAGUUGUAGUUCGGUGACGUUAUUCGUUCAUUCCUUGGUUUUAUUUAAGGUUAUACUUGUAAAAGUAACCUUUUGUUUUUGCCAUAUUUUGACUCAUUAUCAGUGACUAAAGUGUACCUCUAACAAUAAGUGAUUGUGAGCCGCAAAUUAUUACUACUACAUAUAUAUACAUACUGUAGUAGUAAAGUGUUCAGUGCUCGUAGAAGAUCACAUAUUUAUUUACAUUAUAUUAACAUUAUCGUCAUUCAACAAAUAUACUUUGUUGAAUUGAACAAAAAUUAUAGAAAAAGAAUAUAAGAGAUGUCAAUGGAAACUGUACCUAAAGAUUUACGUGGAUUAAGGGCAUGUUUAGUUUGUUCCUUAAUUAAGACAUUUGAUCAAUUUGAAUUCGAUGGUUGCGACAAUUGCGACGAGUUUUUACGUAUGAAAAAUAAUAAAGAUAAUGUUUUUGAUUGUACAAGCUCCAAUUUCGAUGGCAUGAUUGCUGCAAUGAGCCCUGAGGACAGUUGGGUUUGCAAAUGGCAAAGAAUAAAUCGAUUUUGCAAGGGUGUGUACGCAAUAUCAGUAUCAGGACGUUUACCAGCAGGUGUUAUAAGAGAGAUGAAAAGCAGAGGAAUAGUGUAUAGACCGCGUGAUACAAGUCAACGAUAAUUUCAAGACUUGGGAGAUCAUUACUACAUUGUCAUUACAAUAUUGUUUAACACGUUGACGCCGGUGUGUACCACAAAAUAUGUAGUUUGUUAAAUUCGUUUAGUAAAUAAAAUAAAUUGCCAUAUAAUUGAAAAUUAGAGUUGGAAGAAUUUAAAGAAUGUGUUCAUUAAAAUAAAGUAGGAUUUAGCCGCCCGAUGGCGAGAAACAUGAAUUGCAGUGCCGGCGUUAACGUAUUAAUAGAAUAAUAUUCUUAAUUAUUUAUUUCAUAUUUGCGCUAAGAAUUUUAUAAGAUCUUCAGGAAAAUAUUAUAAUUAAUUUGAUUGAUAUGAACUUUUGUUCAGGUUCCAAGAAUUUUUUUUCUGUCAACCUUUUUUUUAGUUAAGGUUAAUUAUAGUUAAGGUUUAUAGUUAAGGUUUUUGUAAAAUUUGCUCACACGAUUUUUUUUUACUUGUUUCUCCUAAUUCCAAAAGAUUAUGAUAUAUUAAUAUUCCCUCUAAAUCUUUCAAUAUCUGUACAGAUUUUUAAACGGACUAGUUAGUAAGAUCUUGAAUAUAUUUAAAUUUGAGGAAUAUAUACAACUUGUGUGUGGAAUCCAUUUUCUCUUAUCAUAGAUAUAGUCCACAUAUCUUUUUUUAAAUCAUAUUCAUAUUAUUUGAUAAGUUUUUAAAAAUGUUAAUGUUUGAUUUUCUAAUUAUUAUAGUUAAAUAUAAAGUUAAUUUGCUCUGAUUUUCUACAAAUUCUCGUGUAAUAAGUUAAUAUGUGUACAUUAAAAAUUUAUGAAUUUUUUGUUCUUCUCUUUCUAAUGUGUGUACAUUAAAAAUUUACGAAUUUUUUAAUUUUUUUUCUUUCUAAUGUAGAUUAAUAUCAAAUGUGAUUGUUACCUGUACAUAUAUUAGAAUGAGAAUAAAUUGGAUGUCGCAUCACAGGCAAGUUACUGUUUACACAAUUAAGCCAUAAAUUAGCACAAGUAACGUGAUAAUUAUUUUCAUUAUACAUUGCUCUGCCACUAGUAAUAACUGUUAAACAAAGCGAACAACAAAUAGCUUCACCUUGAUGUAAAGGCCAAGCUGGUAAUUCUGUAACGAUCUGAAAUGUAUUAUAAAGAAAUUUAUAUACGUUUGUAAACUGAAGAGUGUAAAUAAUGUAUAACAUUUAAUAAUAAUAUUAUAAAAUGUCAA